AUGAAGAGACACAUCUCUUCCACCACUGGAAUUGUACUUAACAAGGGAGACCCACUGUCCGUGAUCCUGUUCCUUAUAGUAUUCAACAUCCUACUGGAACUUCUAGCUGUACUGUGCAGUCAAGUUGGGUAUGAGCCAAGCUUCAGUGAUAGCAAGACCUCAAAGAAAGCAUUUGCUGAUGACCUAACCCUGUUGUCGAAGAGCGAGAAGGAGAUGAAGAAGAUGUUGAAGGUAGUAGAAGAGUUCCUGGACUGGUCGAAGAAAAUGAAGGCUAAACCAUCGAAGUGCCUGUCUAUGUCUAUGAAGUGUACUGGAGGAAAGUACAAUACCUAUGAUGCAGAGUUUGUACUAAGCGAACAACAGGUGCCGUCCAUUAUCCAAGCACCAAUGAAGUUCCUAGGAAUGUACAUGUAUGUAGAUCUUGAGGUAAAGGAAAUUCGGUCCAUGAUUAAGAAGAAGUUAGAGGACCUUUUGGAAACAACGUCUAAUGAUGAAAUCACCGGUCCAAUGAAGGCGUGGGUGUAUAACAACCUCAUCAUUAGUAAGAUGUCAUGGGGGUUUACUGUCUAUAACCUACCCAUCACAUUUGUGAGAGAGCUUGAGGCACUGUGUAACAGAUACCUUAAGAAGUGGCUAGGAAUUGCGCAUCCUUGUACCACCACCGUCCUCUACAGGAGUAGAGACCAGAAAGGAUUGCAGCUGAAAAACAUCUGCACUGAGUACAAAGUCAUUCAACUUAUUAAGGGACACCAACUUUGUAACUCAAGUGACCCCUACAUCAAAAAAGUGUACUCUAACCAUAAGGCUAUUGCAGACACACAGAAGAUGUGGUCUUAUCCCAAAGAGCUGAAAGACCGUCAGCGCCAACUUUACUUCCAAGAGUUAGUUGGAAAACCUGCAGUUGGUACAACUGGCCUCGGGUAUGGGACAAGAUAUGAGGACACAUCAGAGAGGAAACUGCUAACCAACAUGGUGAGGACCUUUGAUGAAGAGACACUUAUUUGUUCACUUUUUGACAAAAAGCGGCAAAACCUCUUUCUCACAUGGGAAAAUACAAUGACAUUUGACACCACAUGGAAUAACUUGAUCUAUCAACUUAGUCCGGAACUGUUAAAGUUUCAUGUCAAUGCUAUUCAUGACACUGCGUCAACACCUAGCAACCUAAAGCUUUGGAAUAAAGCCGUUUCAGGAAACUGUAAACUCUGCAGCAAACAAGGGACACUCAAUCAUAUCCUGACGUUCUGCAAGGUUGCACUAAGACAGGGACGUUUCAACUGGCGCCAUGAUCAGGUCCUACGUGAAAUCAUGAAGACUGUUUCAUCACAGAUUGAAGAGUUUAAUUCCGACAUCGCCAAGGAAUCGAAGAGGGCACCGUCGGUCUUUCACAAGGCAGGCAAUAAGCGCGAGAAGGUUACCUUAGCUGACCCAACUCAUCAUAAGACCAAAAGAUAUUUCUUUUCAGAUGCCAACGACUGGAAGAUAAUAUUUGAUGAGGAUGAGAGACAGAGGAACUUCCCGCAGCACAUUGCAGCUACACCACUAAGACCUGAUGUAGUGAUCUAUUCAGAUAAAGCAAAGAAGGUUUAUCUAAUGGAGCUGACUUGUGGAAAUGAGCAGAAAUUUGCUGAUCAAGAGAAGCGAAAGAUGAAGAGAUAUCAGCAGCUGACAGAAGAGAUAGAAGCCAACGGAUGGGCUUGCAAGCUCCAGACAGUAGAAGUGGGAGCUCGAGGCAUUUACAACUAUAGCCUCCCAACCUUUAUGAACCAUCUGAACGUAAACAACAAAGAGAAGAAGAAGGCCUGCAUGAAGAUCGCUGACAUCAGCCUGAGGGCAUCGUAUACCAUCUAUUUGUCCAGAAACAAUACCAUAUGGACAGAUGAUUGGGAGUUAGUCAAGAGACCAGUAAUAGCAUAG